AUGCCUGCAGUGAAAGGAGAUGGAAUGAGAGGCCUUGCCGUCUUCAUUUCCGAUAUAAGAAACUGUAAAAGCAAAGAAGCAGAAAUCAAAAGAAUCAAUAAAGAACUGGCCAAUAUUAGAUCCAAAUUCAAAGGAGAUAAAACAUUAGAUGGAUACCAGAAAAAGAAGUACGUUUGUAAACUGUUGUUUAUAUUCCUACUGGGGCAUGAUAUUGAUUUUGGACACAUGGAAGCGGUCAAUCUACUCAGCUCAAAUAAAUACACAGAGAAACAAAUUGGUUAUUUGUUUAUAUCUGUGCUGGUGAGUGAAAACAGUGAUUUGAUGAAAUUAAUUAUCCAGAAUAUUAAGAAUGACUUAAUAAGCCGCAACUCGGUACACACAUGUCUAGCGUUGCAUUGUAUUGCUAAUAUUGGUAGCAAGGAAAUGGCAGAGGCACUAGGUAACGAGAUUCCAAAACUGCUCGUCUCUGCAGAGACUCUGGACACUGUAAAACAGAGUGCAUCUUUAUGUUUGUUACGCAUGUUGAGAACCUCACCGGAUUCUAUUGAGCCUGGUGAAUGGAUUAACAGAGCUGUGCAUCUGUUGAAUGAUCAACAUAUGGGAGUUGUUACAGCUGCCACUAGUUUGAUUCAUGAACUAGCUGGUAAGAAUCCUGAUGAAUGUAAAGGAUGUGUAUCACUAGCCGUCUCAAGACUAAGCAGGAUUGUGACAUCAUCAUAUACUGAUCUACAAGACUAUACAUACUACUUUGUACCAGCACCCUGGUUGUCUGUCAAGUUACUCCGAUUGUUACAGUGUUAUCCACCUCCUGAGGAUCCAGCUGUUAGAGGGCGUCUUAGUGAAUGUCUGGAGACAAUACUCAAUAAAGCACAG